ACAAUAAAAAUAUAGCCAAACAGUAAUCGUAAAACGUAACCAAUUCAGUCUUGUAAAUAAAAUAUUUUAUUGUGAUAUCAUUUAUGGGUUGGGUUGUCUAUGUUUUUCCAUAAAGCUGCCAAAAAUAUGAGCCUAUGAAGAGUGGUAUUAUGUGAGAAAUACGAUGGUGGAGGUACUGGUUGAAUUUGACUAUACAGCUGAGGAGCCCGACGAGCUUACCAUCAAAAAAGGGGAUAUAAUCAAGGAUGUGUCUCAAAAGUCUGAAGGCUGGUGGGAAGGAACUUUGCACGACAAAAAGGGAGUAUUCCCCGAUAACUUCGUCAAAAUCCUCACAAAGGAAGGUGUUGUGUUAAGGAACAAGCGCGAUCUCGCAAGAGUGAGACAAUGCAAAGCAUUGUUCAGCUACAACCAAGACCAUGAGGACGAGCUCAACCUCAAAGUAGGAGACAUUAUCGAUAUAAUAGGGGAAGAGGAAGAAGGAUGGUGGCGCGGUCUUUUGAACGGCAAAGUAGGAGUGUUUCCUUCAAAUUUCGUCGAAGAAAUCACCCCAGCCCUAAAUAGGCCCAAACCCGGUACACGCGAGGACCUUAAAAUAGCCGAACCAGUUCCAGCAUUGCCUGCCAAACCAGUGAAACAGCAAUGCGAAGCUCGAUUCUCCUAUAGUGCACAAAACAGCGACGAAUUAACAUUGAAAGAGGGCGACAUCAUAACCAUCUUAUCUAAAGAUGGCAAUGAGCCCGGCUGGUGGAAAGGAGAAAUCAGUGGAAGGAUCGGAAUGUUUCCGGACAACUUCGUCGUUCUGUUGCCAUUCAGUGGCGACGAAAAAAAGAGUACCCCCAGUGGCAAGGCUGAAAGCCAUCCAACAACUGACUCCAGUGCCAAUAAACCCAGUUCGGUAGCCGCGCAGCGCAAAUCCUUGGAGCCGAAAAGCGAGCAAAGACGCCAAGUUCCCAAGCCGAAAGCUGCACCUCCUGUUCCAGGUAAAAAACCUUCAAUAUCGGUGAAGAAGUCGCCCUCCGCUACCGGGCUCGGACUGUUGACGAAGCUGAAGGACAAAAUUGCUGAUGCUGUGGAUGGAGCGACCAGCAGCAAGGCAAAGGCCGAACCGGCCAAGGAGGCCAAGGAGAACAACGCUGAACAUGUGAACAGUUUCGAUCAGGUGGAAAGGCGACCGCUGCUGAGCGAUGUUAGAGCCAACAGAGCCAGACCUCCAGGUCGACGGCUUCCUACUUCCACUCACAAAGACGAGGAGGAGGGCCUUAGUCUUCUAAACGGCCACGAUCUCGUCGGCAAGUCUGAGGAGGGUUUGCGAUCCAGCAGCGACAUUCUCAGUACCUCGUCGUCUGAAGUGGAUGGUAGCGACGGUCCGCCGAAAGUGCGACAGUGGGAGAAAAACAAAGCGCCAUGGUUGGAGGAGAUGAAACUGAAUCAAGCUAAAAGAUCGUCAGUAUCUCCCGUUCCCGAACUACGGCCCAAACAACCUGUCGGUGCCGAUUCAGCCAAACCCGACUCAGAUGGAUCAAAGUCAAGCCAAAAUUCGCCGGCGGACAAGGAGGUGAAUAUUGCGGACAUGUCCAAAUCCAUGUCGGAGAUCAAAAUCAGCCCAAUGGAACUGAAGCCGAUCCCCAAGCCCUACAAGACGCCCCCCAACGAGCUGGAGCAGCCGUCGCCCCUUCAAAGUAAGCCCGUUGUGUCGUCUGUUAAUAGGCAUUCAAUAGGUUCCACACCCAAAGAGUCCCCUCCAAGACUCCCUAGCCAGAAAAUCUCCCCCAGGCCCAAAAUGGAAGCUUACGAAAAUGUGAUUACUCAAAAGGCUGUAACGGGCUUUUCGAGUGCUACAUCGUUCACAAGCGUCAGUCAUUCCAGUAAUUUUUCCCAAAAAAGUACCUCCGCCAGUACGUCAGCAUCGGGGUCUUUUAUGACCGCAGACCUUCUGUCAUUGACGCCCAGUCCAGCACCAAAAUUGGAGAAAGUUGGGGUAAGUCUGGCUAUGUUCAAUGAAGUGCUGGAUAGGUUGGAGAAAUUGGAGAACAAAUGCGAACAGCAGGGGCAACUGAUCGAAGCGCUGAAGAAUCGGCUGCAGGUGGAAACGGAAAUGCGGAUGAUUUUGCAGGAGAAAGUCAUGCAUAAUAACGUGCAAGUAUGAGCAGGACUUUGCACAGCGGUCGUAUGGUUAAUCAGUAUUGUAUAGGCUAAAAAUCGACUUUUGCUUAAGUGAGCACCGUUUCAGAAUUUACAAAUGCCAUCGUAUGCUUGUUAAAUUAUGCUACUAACUUGUACAUUAUUCUGCUUGAUUGCGGACGUUUUUAUGCCACAUGGUCUCUUAAAUACGUGCUAGGUGUACUUAGUGAACUUCGAAAUAGUCCUCUAUUGGCUGGUAGCGAUAUUUCUUUUCGAGUUUAGGAGCAUUUUUAUCUAGUUUUUUUAUUCAACAGGGUUUUUCUUAUUGUUCAGGGUAACAAUAGCACAUGAUCAAAAGCAUUGUGCUUUUAUUUGGAUUAAAAGAAUGGUCAAACUUCUGCAAACAAAUUAUCUUUUUUGGAAUAUCGGGAAAUGGUGCGAUGGAUUUUAAUGACUCGCUGAGAAUUUCUUAUGUGAUACUCAUUUUUUUAUAAAGGAACCGAGUUCAUGCGCUUUGGGUAAGUGAGUAAUCAUCUUCAAGAUCUUGUAACAUUCAUGGUUUUGCGCAAAAAAUAUUUCUGUUCUCUUGCCAACUUACAGUUUUACCAUUCAUUAACUUUUUACAUUAACAAAAGUUGAACUAGUUUUUUUUGUAAUUUCGGGAAAGCGCUCAGAAGAAUUCUAAUAAAACUUGCUGUGGAUUUGUUCCUACGUCAGGACCAUAAUUCCGCAUCUUCUUUUCGUAAGAUUUCUGAUGAAAGCAAUUCUGACGAAAAAUCGCGAAGUAUUGUUAAAUAGCACUGAAACGAAAACGAUUUUUGCGCAAAAUCUAUGACUGCUACAAGAUUUAUCAAAGAGCCGAAAAAUGUCCAAAAAGGGUUAGUAGAUCAACUCAAAAAUAAUCAGUUGAUUCUAGCUGCCAAAUAAAAAAGUUCUGGUACUUUUUGCACCAAGACACUCAAUAAUUCUUUACUUUCCCAAAGUGGAUGAACUCGAUUUGAUAAUCAAAACUUCUUAGUCUUACAUAAGAGCAAAGUCACAGCGAGUGUUAAUAAAAGCAGAGAAGCUGGACUUUUUUGUUAAUAAAAGUUAUCAGUAUAAAUUUGAGCCAAAAAGUGUCUCAGGGUCCUUUUGAUCAUGUGUUGACUGCACACCCUGUAUAUUGAUGUAUACAUUUUAUAAAAUCCUCUUAGCCUUUAACAAAGCGUGGAGAUCGUUGAUUUGGUUAAUGUUUUUGAUGUUUCGCAUUAUCAAAGCAGCCAACAUCCGUGUGCUUCUCCCGGUCCUUGCAUUGUAUAUUCGAAUUUUGUUAUUGUGUAAUUAAUCCCCAUGAAGCUUUAAUAAGUGUCAAGUCAAUUUCCAGAAACCCCUUAAAGCAAGCUUUAAACAGGAGCUUUACGAUUCCUAUUAAGUCCUAAAAAUCUUGAUAUGUUUGCCAAUUUGUAAUUGAUUUAGUGAUGCUAUUGAUAAGUUACCCAUCUUUUUAUAACGUGUUUCUAUUUUUAUACCAUUUGUACCACUAAAAUUUAACCCGAAAAGGGAGCGUAGUUUUUUGCUAUUUUACUGGUUGUUACACAAACCCCGUAUUGUUUAAUUUUGCUUUCGUAACAGAAAGGUAUUUCCAAAAACGGUGAUAGGUACUGUGCUUUUAUAUAAAUUGCAUUGCCAUUGUGAAAGAUUGUUUUUAUUUAAUUAUUUUGAGAAACGUAUCAGAUGCUGAAUCAGCUAGGGCUUAUGGUGUUUGUCUUUUAAUUUUCUCUAAAAUAUUUGAUAGCGUUUAGCACCUGAUAUAUUCCUCCGUAGUACCGUAAGAAACAUUCCAACUAUACAUUUUUUUUUGUAAAUACAAUUAAGUUAAUGAAAAGAGUGAUAAGUUUUGAAAGCUAUGUAAGUACUUAGAUUUAACAAAUGUUGAGAAAAUAUAAUAUAAUAUAAAAAUUAAUAAAUCUAUUUAAAGUAA